AUGGAAACGCCGUCCACGGAGCUCAGAAAGCCACUCAGGCCAAUGGAGCAGACCAGUCAAUGGACUUAUGCGUCGGCAUUGACGCUUUUGCAAACAGAACCUGAAGACUAUAUCUCAGAUGCCUUGGAUGAGUUUUUGAUUCACAGUACCGACGUUUUGACGUCGCCAGAACCGUUUUCUAGUACGGAAAACGACAAGACCAUCGCUGGGUCUACGAAGGAAUUUACUUUGCGUGGUGUUUUGUACACGGAUGUUACUCAUUCCAAUAUCCAGAUGGCCACUAAAAUCGCUGGCCAAUGCAAGACAAACGUGUUGGAAACGCUUCGAAUCAUCGUCCAGACCAAGGUUAGAAUUCCUGAAUUUGAACCUUUGAGUCAAAACACGGAGCUUAGCUCGAGAUUGCCGGAUGAUGCGGCCAUUACUGCCGAAAAGGCAAGGAUGUACCAGUAUACUGCUGCACUUCUUAAAGAGAGAAGAACGGUGGUUGCACUUGCAUCCGAGUGCUUUAAUAACCGCUUCAACAUUAAAUACUCGUCAACAGUGCGCAGUUUAGGUCAGUCUUUAGUUGUGUCGUCAAAAUAUGUGAUUUCCACCAUUGAGACCUUGGAUGCACUUAUUUCAGAAUUGGGUAAGCCCUAUGAUUCUGACAGUGACUUGGAAGAGCUCAUCAUUUCAGAAAAAUUGCUCCUUGCCGUGGACUUGCUCAAGCUCUUGUGUGACGUAUACGUAUUGAUUAAUACUCGAGAUAAGGCGGUGGUGGAGAAAUGGUUCCAGGUUAUGCAAAAGAGCAACUUUGCCUUUUCAAUUGCCCCCUACAUCGGUCAGUCAGAGUCUUUCACGUUAGUUCAGGCUCUCGUCACCAUAUUAUCCUUGCAGCUCAUGCACUUGACAUACGAUUUUGGUCAUCCUGUGGAAUCGCUGUACUUGGAAGACGGUAAGGUGUUUUCCGUUGUAAACGACGCCAUCACCGGGUCAAACUCUAACUCUAUCAUCCGCUACGCAUGGCUCAUUCUUCUGUACAAGAAGUCAAUCAUACUAGAAGAUGUUCCUCAAUCGCAAGAAUCUUUCCUUGCGGUGGUUAGCGUCAAGCAGACGGAAACGACCUUGUCUUUUCUUCAGAAAAACGUCGAGGCUGCUCCUGUCUUCCUGGAAAUGCGUGCUCUUGCCUCUUUUCUCAAGUUCGAUGAUGUUUUCUCUGUCACGCUUUGCGAUUUAAUCACCGUGGCCUUGCCUUUGGUUAAUAUGACUCCCGAAAUCGCCUCAAACAUCUCAAAGGUGCUAAUAGCAGCCCCGAAUAGUUCCAUAGAGAAGUUUUUUUCGGACCUGUUUGCGCAGAGUGCUAUUGUGCUUGCUAGAGCAAAAUUUCCCAUGAUGAUUUCUCCGUUCCUUAAUCUUGCAUCCGUCAACGGAAACUUUGCCUUGCAUGAAUUGGCGGAGUUGAAGUCAUACAUUUCGCUUUUUGACACUGAGGAAUUUGGAAGGAAAUACGAUAUCGACCUGGAAAACACUGAUCUCGUCAAGGUUACCGAAAUGAUUGAUCUUUAUCCUCCAUAUGAAAUCAACCACAAGUUAUCGUUCCUUAUCAACGUGGGAACCAAGGCUAAGUUGAUUGCUACUGGAGAUGAUUCGAAGGUUCUUGUGACCUUCCUCCACAACUAUAACGGAUGGGCAUUCCUAGGGAGAGUUUUGCAGAACAUUUCCAAGGUGUUUGACAUUUCCGACGACGAAAAGCUCAGCUUGCUCAUUGAUAUGAUUGACUUGCUUGCAAGUGUGAGUGAGCGUGGCUCGCCCGAUGAGCUAUCAGCAGUUUUGGAGUAUAUGUCCGCAUACACAGAUGAUUCGGAUAUUGUUGAUGUGCUAUUCCGUCUCUUCGAGCAAGGUUUGCACAACAGAAGUGUGGAAUUACUGGGAAAGCUUCUCAAAGUGUUUUCAUUCUUGAUGCCUGUGAUCUCCAGUAGAGUUUGGCCAUAUUUGACCACGUCAUCUCUCCUUUCCAAUAAAGGAAAGGAAGGCUUCCUGUCGAUCUUGUUUGGCUCCAUUGAGAUGAUCAGAGGAGAGUACAGCUUCACUACUAACUUGAUCAAGUUUGUCUUCGCACUAUCCGAGAACUGUUUGUCUGUUCAUAAUGAUUACCCAAUAGACUCCAAGGGGGAGACGCUCACUCGGUUCAUCGACCACCUUUUGAUUGUUUUUGAGAGCUACAACACUUGCAAGUUCAACGAGGGUUUCCAAAAGUUCGAAAUGGGUGUAUUGGUUUUAGAUGUUUUCAGACAAACUUUGGAGACAAUCCACUGCAUAGACUCUAACAUACCUGCUAAUGAGAAACCAACCAAAGUGUUUGCUCGUGCUUCAGAAAGAAUUCUUGAGGCUUUCUUGUUCACAGAUGCCACAACCACGAGAUCUGCGUCGUCUAUUCUCGCUAUGGUCGACUCAUUGGCUUCUUCCUCAAAUUACUACGAGAUCAGAGAUGUUUCUGGAUACUUUUCUGGCUUAUGGAUCACAUCUGCAUUAUCGUUCUCGAAGCUCCUCGUCACCAUCAGACUGUCUAUCAAGGCUCCUCCAAGUCUUUAUGAAAAAGAGUUAUUCGCGAAGUUGCCACAACUUAUUCAAAUUUACUCUCGUGGUGGUUCAAUCAGAAAGCCUGUGCUUGACUUGAUUUCGGCAUUAACUAGUGGAACCUGGGACAAAGAGCCCAUGCCUUCAAUGCUAUCACAUCUUGGUAGAGAUAAUUCUCGUGUAUUUUUGCACUCAUUGGCUGUCGAUUUGGCCAACGCAUUCGACGACUAUGCAAUCAAGAUCUCCAUUUACGACCUUCUUUGUGCCAUCAUGGAGGCUAACCAGCAGGGUCUCGCAGUGCUUUUCAUCAGCGGCAGAGAUGUGUUUGGUGAAUUCUCGAAAGACAAGAAAGAUCAAGACUCGAAGGUAGUGUCUUUACUCUCAAUCUUGAAGAAGAACGUGAACGAAAUCAAAUAUUACCCGGAUAUCGUUACGGUCCACCUUCUCGAUGCAAUUGCGUUGGCAUUCAACUCAUGGACUACUGCUAGGGAUGAUGAGAGUGAUGUUGCAUUUGUCAAGGAGUUGGUCUCAAUGUUAGAAAAAUUCCAGAAGCAGGACACUAAAAGUGAAAGCUCUGACUUAAUCUUUUCUGCCUACCAAUGCAAAUUGUAUGCUAAAGUGGCUGAGAUUCUUUCCUUGAUUUUAUUUUCCACCAAGAAUGACCAGUGCAAGGAUGCGAUCACUGCGUUGUUCACCAAGAGUGAAUUUUUGAACAAGUUGCCUCUGUUCUUUACAAUCAAGAACUACGAAACGUCACUUUAUGAGCAGGUUGGUUCGGAAUUUGAAGCUGCAUUCCCAAGAAACAAGCUUUCACAGUUUUCCGUUGCACUUCAGAAGAGAAACAGAUUUGGAAUUGGUGCAGUCUACGAUCUCCUCUUGAUGGAUCCUCUCUUUAGAGCUAACCCGAAAUGGGUGGAAAUCAAGGACCGUGUGAUACAGUCUAGUGCCAACAUUCAAUACUAUGCUUCUCAAGUGGCCCUAUCCAAGUCUCUUGGUGCUCUUGUCACCACUUACUGUCGUAAGGCACUGGAGAAAAUUGGUUCGGGAUUCUUUGAGUUUGCUGCACAAUUGUUGACCAUCCAGGAGCCAGAGGAUGAAUUCACUAGGAAUUUCAUCGCUCAACAGUAUUCUGAGAGAAUAGAACUCUCAUUUUUGAUUGCAUAUACUAUCAAUGGCCUUGAUUCGUGCAAGAAAGACCCCGCCAUUGCAUUGAACAUCAUAGAGGCAUGUGGAGACCUCCUCUCGUUUAAGACCUUAUCCUUACAGAAAACACAGAAGCAAUUCAACAGCAAAUCUUUGCUUCGCCUCAUUUACGUCACACUUUCAAUUUUGAAGGAAGAUUCUCAACUCAUACUUUCCAAAUUUAGUGUUCUUCGCAAUCUUUUCGAUUGUGUGAUUGCUAAGGGUUGCAAGAAUAUCAUCAUAGAGCUUCAAAAUGAUGUUUAUCUCUCACGAACUGACAAGAAGCACGUUUCCACUAAUUUCGGUGACCGAUUGGACGACUUGAAGUUAAUUUUCACAAUUUUGAAAUCCUACAUUGCUUUCAAAAUAUCACCUUCGCUUCAGGAGGAACUUGCACAUUGUCUCGCUGAUAAUGGAACUGUGGAAAUCAUGCUUAGCCUUUAUUCAUUCUCUCAUUUGAUAUUGGUCAACGAAGAGCCCAUUUUCGCCCAAUUGAGUUUGAUGUUCAUUCAGCAGCUUUUGUCUGUGGAAGUUUUCGCCAGUAAACUUUUCGACUCGAAUUUGUUCAUUGUGAUCCGUGAAAGUGUCAUAUCAAUUCCUCUCCGCAAGGGUGGAAUCACAGUGGAGAACGCUCCUCAGAUUCACAGAAAUUGGGCUAAUGGAAUUUUGCCUAUUUUGGUCGGAACUUUGGCCAGAGCAGGUAACCACAAGGAAGUGUUUUUGACACUUCAUGCAUUCGCAAAGCAGAUUGAGUCUUGUAUUGAUAAUUGGUCCAGAGAUUCGUCGUCAUUACGAAUCUCGUCAUCUGCAACUUGGGAAACCACCCAACUUUUGUUUAUCUACCGUUUCUUGGACUCGAUGUUGAAAGCAGACGGAUUGGCUACACCAGGACCAACAGAGGUGGACAUUCCACUUUUGCCGGGUUUUGACACGCAGCAGAAACGCGAUGAUUUCGUUGAUUACAUCAACAACUUGCUCAAACAUCCCAAGUUUCUCUCGUCACGUAUUGUCGCAAGUACUCCGGAAGAGGCUGCUCUUCUUGAUGCUGGAGACAGUGGAGCGCAAACUUUGGUGAAGAGCAUCAUUGAGGAUAUAGGGGAGCUCAAAGAAUUUCUCAACUGA